AUGGCCAUGGAGCUCGAGUACAAGCGCACUUUUAUUGACGUGAAGGAGGAGUUCGAGGACAUGGCGGGCAGUUCCGGCAAGGCUCGUGCGCAAAGCUCGCCGCCGGAACGCGUGCGCCGCAUCAGCUUCAGCCUGGAGUUCGCCAGCGAGGAGGAGGAACUGCGCAGCUACGUGGGCACGCUCUCCCAGAAAACUUCCGACCUAACGAAUCAGCUCCAGCAGCGCGAAGCACCCACCACAGCGCGCGGCUAUAGCCCUCAGGGCCAAGAUAGCCCUGAGGGCCAAGACGGCCCUCAGGGCCAAGACGGCCUUGAGCCCACUUCCGUCUUGGCGGAGUUCUUUCCGCUGCCCAGCCAAGGCAGCCUCGGACACCCGGAGGUGUGCCGGCGCCCGUGUGUCUACUUCAUCGCCGGGUACUGCGAGCAUGGCCAGGCAUGUGCCUACUGCCACAUGGAGCACACGGAGAAGAUGCCAAAGUUGGACAAGAGGCAACGAGGCAUCAUGCAACGCCUCAGCCGGGCACAGCUGCUCGAGCUGGUGCUUCACUUCUGCCGGAACAAAGCCAAGCAGGGAGGCUUCUGUGAAGAGGCCAGGGAGCUCCUGGGUAUGAUGUCGCAAGAGUCCGAAGGUGCACGGCCGGUGGCCCAGGUCGUAGCGGACCGCGACCUCCGCAACCUCCACAAGACGCUUGCGCGGAUGAACGUCUCCAACCUGAUCGGCCUGGUGGCAUACCAGCCCGCCAACCGAGAUGGGAACGCCAUGCCCAGCCCCAGCGCCGACCUCCUGGCCGCCUUGGAGCGACUGCGCCUGCUUUUCCUACCGGCGUCGAGCGAAUGA